UGGGACAGCAGGAGGCAGACCAGAGACUGGGUGGCUGCAUCUCCAGCCAUGGUGCCUGUGUUGCUCUCCUUGAGUGUGUCCUGCCUGGGUCUGUGGGCUUCUGGACUGAUCUUGGUCUUAGGCUUCCUCAAGCUCCUUAGUCUGCUGCUGCGGAGGCAAAAGCUGGCCAGGGCUAUGGACAGCUUCCCAGGACCCCCCACCCACUGGCUCUUCGGACACUCCCUCGAGAUCCAGCAGACGGGGAGCCUGGACAAGGUGGUGUCCUGGGCCCACCAGUUCCCCUACGCCCACCCACUCUGGUAUGGGCAGUUCGUUGGCUUCCUGAAUAUCUAUGAGCCUGACUAUGCCAAAGCUGUGUAUAGCCGAGGGGACCCUAAGGCACCAGAUGUUUAUGACUUCCUCCUUCAGUGGAUUGGGAAAGGCCUGCUGGUCCUUCAUGGGCCCAAGUGGUUCCAGCACCGCAAGCUGCUCACGCCUGGCUUCCAUUAUGAUGUACUGAAGCCCUAUGUGGCCCUGUUUGCUGACUCCACCCGUGCCAUGCUGGACAAGUGGGAGGAGAAGGCUCGUGAGAAUAAGAGCUUUGACAUCUUCUGUGAUGUGGGCCACAUGGCGCUGGACACGCUCAUGAAGUGCACCUUUGGCAAAGCAGACACUGGCCUGGGUCACAGGGACAGUAGCUAUUACCAGGCAGUCGGUGAGCUCACUCUGCUGACACAGCAGCGCAUCGAGUCCUUCCAGUACCACAACGACUUCAUCUACUGGCUCACCCUCCAUGGUCGCCGCUUCCUGCGUGCCUGCCAGGUGGCCCACAACCACACAGACCAGGUCAUCAGGGAACGGAAGGCAGCCCUGCAGGACGAGAAAGAGCAGGAGAAGAUCCGGAAGCGGAGGCACCUGGACUUCCUGGACAUUCUCCUGGGGGCUCGUGAUGAAGAUGGGAUCAAGCUGUCAGAUGCCGAGCUCCGCGCUGAGGUGGACACGUUCAUGUUUGAAGGCCAUGACACCACCACCAGUGGCAUCUCCUGGUUUCUCUACUGCAUGGCCCUGUACCCUGAGCACCAGCAGCGUUGUCGGGAGGAGGUGCGUGAGGUCCUUGGGGACCGAGACUCCUUCCAGUGGGAUGAUCUGGGCAAGAUGACCUACUUGACCAUGUGCAUCAAGGAGAGCUUCCGCAUCUACCCGCCCGUGCCCCAGGUGUUCCGCCAGCUCAGCAAGCCCGUCAGCUUCGUGGAUGGCCGCUCCCUACCCGCAGGCAGCCUGGUCUCUCUGCACAUCUACGCCCUCCAUAGGAACAGUGCAGUGUGGCCCGACCCUGAGGUCUUUGACCCCCUGCGCUUUUCCUCUGAGAAUGUGGCCAGGCGCCACCCCUUUGCCUUCAUGCCCUUCUCCACUGGGCCCAGGAACUGCAUUGGGCAGCAGUUUGCCAUGAACGAGAUGAAGGUGGUCACGGCCCUCUGCUUGCUGCGCUUUGAGUUCGCCCUGGACCCCUUGCGGCUGCCCAUCCCGUUGCCUCAGCUGGUCCUGCGGUCCAGGAAUGGCAUCCAUCUGCACCUGAAGCCGCUGGGCCCGGGCUCUGGGAAGCAGCUCUGCUGAGAGUAGGGCCCCGGACAGGCCAUGCCAUGGCCUGUCCCUGGGCACCGCCCUCCCCAGGCUGGGUUGUGCAGUAGCUGUGGCUCUCUGCCUUCCGGGGGCUUGUAGAUUAGAAGGGGAGGAGGCACUGGCGUAGACAAUCACCUCGAGGGCAGGGCCAUGUUGUCUAUAAGUGCUUAUCAUGCCUGUAUGUCUAGGGCUUGCACCUACUCGCUUCUAGAAUCUUCACUUAUCUCCCAUAAUUGGCAGUCUUUUUAAAAUGUAGCAGAAAGUUACAUCCAGCCUCUGUGACCUCAAUGGAAAUUGUGCCUCAGGAUUCAUGGUUAUGACCAGGCACUCACCCACCCCAUGUGACAGAGAGGUGGCUUUGUCCCUUCACUGAGAUGUGCUUCUUUGUUUCACUUCUGUGUGUGUAUUUGGAAUAUAACAGAAAUAAGUAAAAAUUGCCUAAAGCACAAA